AUGGGCCCUCUAGCAUGCUUCAGGAUGAGCGUGCGGAGAGCGUCGGAGAAGGUUUUCAAUCCCCAACCUGAUCAACUGGACAAUGCGCGUCGAAAGCUCAGCACCGUUACAACCUCAACGGUCAUUCCACAAGCGAAUCCCGAUCCCACCGCCGACAUUGAAGCUCAGACUCCACUCUCCGGGUUCGGUGAAUGUCCAAUCUGCAUAGGUCCUCUUGUUCCAGAACCAGUGCAUACCGUCAACGCCGACCCACGCCCGAUUCUCGAAAAGGUCUCAACGGUGACGUCUCAUGAGACGAAUGAUAAACCCGGUCCCAGUGUGCAGACGACCGAUAAAUCAGGCCCAAGUGUACAAACAACGGCCGGUCCAAGUGUACACACCGAUGAAGCUGAAGACGACAUCAUGACGAUAAACGCAUGCGGGCAUUCUUUUCAUUCAAAAUGUCUUUCCUCCUGGUUCUUGAUCGAACGAUAUGAUUGUCCUGUAUGCAGGGUGCCGUAUUACAAAGGGAUGCCACGUCGCGAAACAGCUUUGAGCGUGACACCGUUCUGGUGA